CAAAUGGUAAAGGCAAAGCAACUGGACAAAAGUCAUAAUCAGAACAUACAAGUUGCUGUAAGAUGCAGGCCUAUAAACUUAUACGAAAAAAGAAAUGGUUCGGGUGAUGCUGUUGAUAUUAAUUCUGAUAGAAGAGAAGUGACGAUUAAGGAUAAGACAAAUAACAAAACCUUCACAUUUGAUAAAGUUUUUGGACCAAAUUCUCCUCAAAUAGACAUUUAUAAUAGCAUAGUCUUACCUAUUUUAGAGGAAGUUUUGUUGGGUUAUAAUUGUACAAUAUUUGCAUAUGGACAAACAGGAACAGGUAAAACUCAUACAAUGGAAGGAGAAAGACUGGAAUGUAAACAGGAGGGUAUAGAUCCUUCUUCAGGCAUAAUUCCAAGAACACUAAAUGAUUUAUUUGAAAAGUUAAAAAUUCAGGCUUGUGAAUAUUCUGUCAGAGUAUCUUUCCUUGAAUUAUAUAAUGAGGAAUUGUUUGAUUUAUUAGCGGUGGGCAUAAACAAUCCACGUUUGAAAAUUUUUGAAGAUUCUACAAGAAAAGGGUCAAUAGUUGUGCAGGGCUUGGAAGAAAUUACUGUCCAUAAUAAAUAUGAAGUUUAUCAAAUAUUGCAAAGAGGUGCCCAAAGGAGGCAAACUGCAGCCACAUUAUUAAAUGACCAAUCAAGCCGAUCUCACUCUGUCUUUUCAGUGACAAUCCAUAUAAAAGAAAAUGACAUAGAUGGAGAAGAGUUGCUUAAAAUUGGAAAAUUAAAUUUAGUUGACUUAGCUGGCAGUGAAAACGUGAGUAGAUCAGGUGCCAUCGAUAAACGAUUGAGAGAAGCUGGGAACAUAAAUCAAAGCCUAUUAACACUUGGUCGUGUCAUAAAUGCACUGGUAGAUAGAUCACCUCAUGUUCCUUAUCGAGAGAGUAAAUUAACUAGAAUACUCCAGGAUUCAUUGGGCGGUAGAACCAAAACGUCCAUCAUAGCUACUAUUUCCCCAGCCUCUAUCAAUUUAGAAGAAACUUUGAGCACUCUAGACUAUGCUCAUAGAGCUAAAAAUAUUACAAAUCGCCCUGAGAUUAAUCAAAAACUGAGCAAAAAAGCAUUGUUAAAGGAAUACACGGAAGAGCUGGAAAGACUUAGGAAAGAUUUAGCGGCCACGCGGGAAAAAAACGGUAUUUUUAUGGCAGAAGAAAACUAUUUGGCAUUAACCAAAGACCUGAGCAUUAAAUGUGUCGAAAUCGAAGAGCUGUUAGAAAAAAUUAAUGUCAUCUCAGAAGAAAAAGAUAAAUUGAUGAGGAUAACUUUUCAAAGCGUGAAGGAUGUAGAAAAUCUUCAUAAUAAAUUAGAGAGACAUAAACAGAUAGAAGCCUUCAAUAAAACAAUCAAAUUCGACACCAGCUCUCAAACUGAAAAAUGGCUGAAUUCACUCAAAGAUCGGUUGGACUAUAGUGCAGAGAUGGAAAAACGGGUAUCAGAGGCUCUAAAUUUUCACAGAGAUAAUUUAAACUCUCGAGCAGAAGCCUCCAUCAAGAAUAAUAAAGAAUUUUUGUCAAACGCAAGACUCCAAUUGCACAGAGAUGCUCAAAAUUGUUUAAAUUCUAACAAAACUUUAGCGCAACACGAAUCUAAUAUGUUCAAUGAGACCACAAAAAUAGUUACUAGUAGAGAGAAAAUAAUGCUUCAGUUUUUAUCCGAACAAAUCGAAACAAUAACUAAUACCAUGUUCGUUUCAAUGGAAUCUCAAAUUAAUUCUUUAAAUGCCGAAUUCAACGCAUCAUUUACCCUAAUACGAGAUAUUGUUGAUGUACAAAGACAAAAUAAAUCAUUUUGCGAUGAAUUAAUCGAAUCCUUUUCAGUAAUCGAGAAAGGUCUCAAGGCGAAAAUAGAGAAUUUGACUCAGCAACUAAAAAUCCAAACGCGCACCGAUCUCAUUGGCACUUUACAGAGAAAGAAUGAAAAUGCCAAGAAAGUUAACAGUCUCAUAAAAUCUCUUUCAAACGCAUUCAAAGAACAAGAUUCCCAAUUAGACCAGGAUAUAAGUACCCUUCAAAAAUUGACCGAUUCAAGCUUACUGAGUGUCGAGGAGUUGGACUCGGAUAUAAAAAACCAUUUUAAUGCACAAACGGUCAACAUAAAGCGCAAACUAAAACAAGAAAACGAAAUUAUUAUAAAGAAUGAUGCCUCAAUAAAUUUGUCUCAUGAACAAUUUAGUGAAAAAUUGGAAUCUACUCGCAAAAUAUUGGUAUCAAAUAACGAAGAUGUGGCCAAAUCAAUGCAGAAUUUAAGAUCGAUCAAUACACACGAAACCAAAGAUAUAAUAACAUGUUUAUCGCGGCAUCACGAUACCAUUAAAAUUGGUUUAGAAGAUACCUCAAAAAUUAUAAAAGAAGCGUAUGAUAAGAACCAUGAACGAUUCAAAGAACAAGAUGUUAUCUUUUGUAAAACCAAUGAAUCUUGUAUCGAGGAAAAUACUCAACAAUUUUUAAACAUCGCAGCUUCUUUAACUGAGAGUCACGUCAAUUUAGAGAACGUCAUAAAUGGCUAUCUACCACAAGCUAGGGAAGAGUGUCUUGAACUUAUAAAUUCUUGGAAAUUCGAUAUUAAAACUGGAAUGACCCCCUGUAGAAGAGACACACUGUACAGGAAUGUUCUAGCUAAAAGAAGCGAAACGAUGCUUAAUGAGUCGAGCGAUUUUAAUCUCAAUGAAAAUGAGAUCAAGGAUUCUACAAUUACCACAACAGUAUCAAACUCGAACGAUUCCACAUCAAAGUCCUCUAAAAAUGUAAAGUUUAAACAGAACCACGAAAAUGACUUUCUUAUAAAUAACGCCGAUUGCCCAAAAGAAAUAAAAGAAAAUAAUGGGAAUUUUAAAAUAUAAUUUUAUA